UGAAACGUACACCUCCUACUCUUGAGAAUUCGACAUCCAUGUCUACCACCAUCGAUUAUGACAACAAGGUGUUCCUGGCACCCAUGGUCCGUGUGGGUACACUCCCUUUCCGUUUGACAGCAUUGGGCUAUGGUGCAGAUCUAGUAUGGACCGAAGAAUUGGUUGACAAGCGAGUCAUUGGAUCUGUUCGAAAAUACAAUCCUGCUACACAAACGAUUGAGUAUUGGAAGGGUGAAAAGUUGACAUUCAGUACCCAUGACGAUGAAAAAGGUCGCGUUAUUUUCCAGCUCGGUACAGCCGAUCCUGAUCUUGCUUUGAAGGCAGCUUUGACAGUUAAAGAAGAUGUAGCAGGUAUCGACGUCAACUGUGGUUGUCCAAAGAAAUUCUCGAUUCAAGGUGGCAUGGGUGCUGCGCUGCUUACGAAUCCUGACACAUUAAAAAAGAUUUUGAUCAAUCUCGUGCAAAACGUGGGGCUCCCGGUAACAUGUAAAAUAAGACUUUUGGAUGAAAAGAAAAAGACCAUCGAGCUAGUCAAAAUGAUCGAAUCCACAGGUGUCAAAAUGAUCACUAUCCAUUGUCGCACCAAGGAACAACGAUCAUCCACAGCAGCAAAGUGGGAAGAGUUCAAAGAAAUUGCACAGGCAGUUAAAAAUAUUCCCGUCGCCAUCAAUGGCGAUGUUUACUCUUGGCAAGAUAUCCCUCGGAUCAAGGAAUUGACGAACGCACAUUCGUUCAUGAUUGCGCGUGGUGCUCAGUAUAACCCAUCCGCUUUUCGAAAGGAAGGCCUUUUGCCGGAUGAGGAGGUUGUUGAGACCUAUAUUAAAAAGUGUAUCGAGGUCAAUAAUGUGCAUCAGAACACGAAAUACGUGCUAUUGACCAUGACUACGGACCCCAAAUUCACUCGCACCGACAAGUAUCGUAAGAUCCAACAGGCAAAAUCCGCAUUGGCUUUGAGUGAAAUUUUUGGUUUGGGAUCGUAUUAUCAUGAGGUACAAGCUUUGCAUAAGUCUCGUUUGGGAAAAGCAGAACCUAGCACUACUACUACUGACGCUGUAACUGGUGACAAGCGCAAAUCCUCUUCAUCGUCAACCGCAGACAAAGACAUCACGUUAAAAAAGCAGAAACCUAAUCAUGAGCAAACGGUUGCUACUGCAGUAUCGUCAUGAUGACAAUGAUGAUGUGAUCCUUUCUUUAUAGUUUUUGUGUUUAUAUGAAUGCAUCAUGUACAUAAUAAAAAAACAACAACACUUAGACAGACCAUUUUCUCAAAC